AUGGCUCAAGAAGAUACGAUAGAACGGAUAGAUUCCGGGUCUCACGACACUACGGACGGAAUGGCCGAUAAUCCCAACAAAAACGCGGAAAUGAUCAAAGCAGCAACAUUACCAACAUUAGUCGAAAAUCUCACGCGCCAUGACAAGCUCGAUGCUUCCUUCAACCGAACCUUCCUUGUCACCUAUAGCUACUUCACCUCGGGUUCCGAGCUUCUCGGACUUCUCGUCGAUCGUUUCGACAACGCCCCACCUCCCACCACAAAUCCUGUCGAGAUUGAGCAAUGGUCGACUCAAACACGACCGCUCAUCCGUUUGCGCGUGAUAAAUAUAUUGAAGCAAUGGCUCGAACACUUUUGGGAUGAGCCGAAGGGCGGCGACACGGACCAGCUUCUCCGAGAGAUGCAAUCAUUCGUGGAGCGCGUCACCUCAACCACCGAUACCCCAGCACAACAACUCGAUUCCAUAAUUCAACGCCGCCUCACCGGUAGCGCGUACACCAAAAGAUCACACCCGUCCAUCUCCAACCCACCAAAACCAAUCCUACCCAAAAAGCUGGACAAGCUACAGUUCAUGAAAAUCGACCCCAAAGAGAUUGCGCGCCAACUGACGAUAAUGGAAGCGCAAAUGUUUAACAGGGUCCAGCGCACAGAAUUGCUCAAAAAGAAUUGGCAGAAAAAGGCAACACCAGAAUGCGCACCCAACGUGAGGUCGUUGAUUCGACAUUCCAACCAACUCUCAAAUUGGGUUUGCGCCACCCUACUUGCAGAACCAGAUUUGAAAAAGCGUGCUCAGGUGGUAGAUCAUUUAGUCAAUGUGGCCAGCAACUGUCAUCAACUUCAAAAUUACUCGGCGGUGAUAUCUAUUCUGUCGGGGCUGGAAAGUGCACCCAUAUACCGACUGGCGAGAACGUGGGCUAUGGUCACAGAACGUAGUUGCAACAUGCUCAGACCAUUACAGGCGAUGAUCGUCAGCGCGCAAAAUUAUCAGGCAUAUCGUGAGGCUCUGCGUGUUGCUGUGCCACCGUGUAUACCCUUUCUCGGCCUUUUCUUGAAAGAUCUUACAUUUAUCGAGGAUGGCAAUCCUGCUCUUACAACGGAAGGGUUGGUCAACUUCCACAAGUACACAAUGCUAGCAACGACGGUACAUGACGUCCAGCGAUGGAAAGAAGCUCCGUACUGCUUACAGCCUGUGCCAGAGUUGCAAGACUAUUUUUCAAAUCAGCUACACUCGGCUGUUGAGCUGCAUGAGAUGUGGGAUAAAAGUUGUGAGUUGGAGCCGAAGGGUCGUGGGCUUGGGAACAGACCGAGGGAUCUGUAUACACCUACAGGAGGAAUGUCAGCUUCUAUGGUUGUGGCUUGCAUGGUUCUGGAUGAUUGA